CACUGCCGCUGCUGCCAUUUUAAAGCAAUCUGACAACAAGCAGCCGAUUGACCAAGCAUUGCACAAUCACUAAGUAUUCACUAGUGCCACUAACUUUUGUUUCGCUUGAUCAUCUCGUUGGAGCCUGUUCUCAAUCAUGGAUCAAGAGUCAUCAUCACAGCAUCCAAAGGGGCAUCAAAGGACGCGGUCUGCUGUCAAAGGUAAGUAAGUAGGUACCAUCAUCUCUCGUCUUAGCCACCCGCCCACGCUCAUCCACCAAAGGACCUCUUGACGUUGGCGACACGCCUCUGGCAUCUCAUCUCCUGCCCCCUCAAACACAACAGACCGAUCAACAAACAUCAUCGUCACACGCGGAGCAACAACAUCAGAUGAUGAUUCCCGGCGGACACGGACACCAAGCCAGGGCUCCGGUCUCCGCCUCCCCGCUUCUCCCCCGUUCCCCAGCAGCCCACUCUCCCGCUCCGCCCCACUCCCGCCGUCAACCGCCACCCUUGUCCCUGUCCCCAGCCGGCCCGAGUCCCCGCAUGUCUUUCUCUCCGGGCCCUGGUAGUGGCGCUGCCUCUGGACGCGGCGCUCCACGCCCUCCACCCGACUUCUCCCACCUCCUCCGUCCUGACAUCUACCAUGAACUGGCUCCCCUCAACGUUCCGCCCCCUUUCCGCCAGUCCGCGAAACAACCUUCGGCCUCUACACCCAUCCCCGAUCUCCUUGCCGGAGGCCACUUCCGGGCUGCCGCUGUUGCUGCCGCCCAAGCACUCACUGGGGCCAAUGGUGCUCCUGCUCCGGACCCGGCCGACCAUGCCCUUAUUCUUUCUCUGUUUUAUGUCCGCUUGGCCUGCCUAACCCUCAUUGACGCCACUGCUCUUGCCACUCAAGAGGUCAAAGCUCUAGAGGAUCUGAAUGCUACCUUUUACGUUGAUGAGACUGGCCACAACUUGAUCCCUUGGGAGCUACGUAUCUUAGCGGUCCGGUUGCAAGCUAUUAGCUUCGCCGACCAGCGGCGUGCAGUCAUGAGCUACUACGACCUGGCUAGGGAGGCACGCUUGCGCUUGGCCGAGGCGGCAGCCAAGCACGACAACUCGGAAAAGCAACUGUGGAGAGAAAGGCUAAACGAUCUGGGCGUUAGGGUUGCCGGCGUCCUGGUCGAAAUGGAUGACCUUAAGGGGGCAGUUGAACACUUGACCUCGCUGAAGGAAAGUGAUAACGGGAGUGGUAAAAUGCAGAUGGCGAGAGCUCUGUUGUGGUUACAUCUGGGAGAUGUUGACGCCGCGAGGGGGUGCGUGAAGCCCGCGGAAGGCAGCGAAGGCCCUUCCGAUAACAUGACGGAGAGGAUUAUGCAUGCCUUGUGCGACAUGGCCGAUGGAAAGUACUCCGAAGCAUUGAAUCAGUGGGAAGAGUUGAGCAAGGUUUCAGAUGACGAGAUGAUUGGUGUAAACAGGGGAGUUUGUCUGCUUUACGUUGGAAGGUUGCAAGAGGGCAAAGAUUUGCUUGAGGGUUUGGUGGACUCCGGUAGGACCUCACAUACCCUUCUCUUCAACCUGACGACCAUGUACGAGCUUUGCACGGAGAGGUCCCGAACCUUGAAGGUCCAACUGACAGAGAAGGUGGCUGCCUUGGAACCGACAUCCUUUGGGUGGGAAAAGACCAAUGCCGACUUUAAGCUUUGAAUUGACGUAUGUUCAUGCGUCACAUCGCAGUGCCAUCAAGGAUGCAGAACAGCGGAAGGGGUCCAGCCACAAGAGAGAAGAUGAUAAAAUUAAUAACCUGGUAAUUGAAGCAGCAAGUCACAGUUCGUUAGAUGCGGUAUUCCGGAUCACAUGUCUUUCACACACGAAACCGCACAUAAUACGCGACGACCAAAUCUUACCAAGGUUCACCGAAAACGUACAGUGUCCUCCAACUGAUGGUCACUAACCAGGAGCGCAUUCAAACCCGCACGCCCAUGCGACCUCAUCCAAAAACUCCAUGCCGAACCGUUAAAAACACCACAUCGUGGCUGAAAUGCCUCCCUGUCUCCGAGAAAGAAAAAAAAGAAAACAAAGGCCAGUGAAGAUCCCCCGUUACAGUUGCGUUGUGCUGGUAUAUGGCUCAUAGCUAGCAAUUGGAUCCCUCGUUUGCCUGUUGCCAGGAGGGUCGGGGGCCGGCUUCCUCUUUUGAGUGUAUUCAUCCGGAGCCGCCCAGUUCUCGUCAAGCCGGGGUUUCGAAUCUGGUGAGCCAAGGGCAGACACCGGCUGGUUCACAAUGUCGUCUACACCUUGGGGAUGUUGCUUUUCGACCUGGACAUAGUUAUGCUUGCCGCCCACGAACCCGAACAGCCCGUUCUUCUGCUGAGGUUGCCCGGCACCAUCACUUGCACCGUGAUAGACCUCGAUGCCUUCGAUAUUGUAGCUGUUGCCGCCAUCCAUCAAAGGCAUUGACUUCUCUUUGGUAGGACGAGCAACAGGCCGGUUCCUUCUGCGACGCCGCUGGCGGGUCGGAUCCUCCAUGAGCGAACGGCCGACAUACAAGAUGCUCGCCAAUAGCGAAAUGAAGGCACCCACACAAGCAAUAAUGAUAGCGGACAUGCCCAGGUUGCUUGUCAAGCCAAUAGAUCUUGAAUAAGUGGCCAUGAUCGCGUUAUGAAACUGGUUGAAGACGAUAAUCGCCGAGAUGGUUGCGCAGAUUGCAAAGCACGUCGAAAUGACGCUCAUGACGCCCGCUCCUCUCGGCGAAAAGCAUCCCACAAUGGACACCAAGAAGUUGAAUAUGUUAGAAGCGAUAAGACCGCUGGACAUGAAGGCGCUAGCUGUCUUGUAGGACUCCGUGGCUUUCAAAAAGGUGCCGUCCACUUUUCCCUGCAACGAAGUGGCCGCGAAAUGGAGGACUUUCGGAAUGUCGAAAUAGUAGCCAACGUACGAGCUCAUGCACGAGGUAGUCCCAUUGCCGCGCCCACAAGCUGUGAGUAAGCCAACGGUGUAUCUGCUGGCGACGCCAAGUGAUUGGGCAGUGAAGUUCGGUCCAGUGUAAUCCGUGCUGGAGACCAUCGAGGUAUCAUUCGAAAUACUCGAUUCCCCAAGCUUCGGGGGAAUUGAC